GGGGCGCGCUCCGGAGGCUCCUGUCUGUGGCCGCGCGGCCGAUCUCAGGGCGGCCCUCGUCUGACGGCCGCUGCCUGGCGUUUCACGCUUGGCCCCUCCGGCGGCCGUCCCGGCGGCGGGAGUUGGCUACGGGAUGUGCUCGGCCGGGGAGCUGCUUGGCAGCGGCAGCGGCGGGGAGCGCGACGAGAACGGGGACGCACUGGCGGAGCGGCCGGCGGCGGGGACGGAGAGGGAGCCCGGGGCGAGCCCGCGGCGGCGCGGGCAGCGGCCGCUGGCGGAGCGCGAGCAGUUGUUCAUCUGGAAAAGUGAAGAAAACAGCAACAGGAACUCCAUUGGUGGCGGUGCUAAGGAUAUUGAAGAAUCACAAAACCACACUGGCGAGCCUGUUGGAGAUGACUACAAAAAGAUGGGAACACUUUUUGGUGAACUGAACAAAAACCUCAUCAACAUGGGCUUCACAAGGAUGUAUUUUGGAGAACGAAUUGUGGAACCAGUAAUAGUUAUUUUCUUUUGGGUUAUGCUGUGGUUCCUUGGUCUACAGGCCCUUGGACUAGUUGCUGUUCUUUGCCUUGUCAUUAUUUAUGUGCAACAGUAAAAAAUGGCUAAAUAAGCCAUUGUUUGACAUUUGGUAGCCAGAUAUGUAAUUGGUGAAGUUCUAUAUUUCACUACAUGAAAGCCGAAAAAUUUGCCUUGUUUCAAAUUAUGUGCUGUUUUGUAAUUAAAUUUGUAAGUGGAUGUUGCUUAAAAUUAAACUCAACUCUUAAUUAUAACAGGGUUGAACAUACAUUUUGUAGCUUAUUCAAAAGUCUUGUUUUACUACUGUGAUCUGUGCCCACUUUUAAAUACCCCUCCCUAUUCCCAUGCCAAGUCUUAACACCACCAAAAAGUGGGCAGGAAAAAUAACUGGAUAUGGGAUUCAAAUCGGGCAAUAGAGGUGUUACAAAGAAUUCCAACAAAACAUUUUAGAAUAAACAGGAUGAAACAAGGAUAUUUAAAAUGUUUUAAUGGUAGAUUUUCCCCACCCAUACCCACCAAAUAACCCCAUGUUAUUUGGGAAAUAAUUUGGAUAUCUAUGGUUCCUGCUCAGAUCAAAUCAAUAUAAAUGGUAAUUACAUAUACACUACCUUAAAAUUGUGAUAAAAAUCAGUAAAGCUAGCACAUUUUCUAAAGAUUGAAAAGAAUAUAUUUAUUAUGGCUGGUGAAACUUCCCAAGUCCAAUGUAACUUUUUUAUAAUGUAACGCUUGGGUCUGGAAUCACUUCAGUAUAUCAUUUGAAGUUUUAGACACUUUUGGUGCUAAUUACCUUUUGUGAAUUUUUUAACUCUCAUAAGACAUGUCUAUUGCUGGCUGUACCCCGUGGUAAUGCUGUAUUUUCUUGUAUCUAACAAGUUGCAUAUUUUUUUCCUAGAGAGACAUUUUCCAUGUAUUUUUUUCCAGAAAUUUACAUUUUGUAGUUCUUUUAUAACAAUUAUUCUAAGAUUUAAAAAAUCUAUUUCCUAUUUUGGCAUGGAUUUUUCCCCCAAAAUUGAUUUAUAUUAUGGCUGAAAUUUUUUACUAUGCCUUUAAGAAAACAAAAAAAAAAAUCAGUUCAUUUUCUUUGAUAUUUGUAUUGGAAAGGUUCAGUAUUACAGUACCAAACCAAAUGCUUAAAUUUGGAAUUUAAUAGCCAAUUGUAAUAAUAUUCCUCUAAGGCUAAAGCCAAGUCAGUAAUCGGCCAGUCAUGUUAUUAGUGUGUCUUAAUUCAGUGCUUUGGGAUUUUGUAUUGAAAUAAGCAUUUCUUUAAAUACACUUUAAAAAUAGAAAGUGGCUUAGUGAUAUUUUGGAUUUUGUUAAAGAACCUAAAACCUGUACACUUUUGUCUCAAAGACGUUCUAUAUACAUGAAGGAGGGGUACUAAAGAUAAUUAUCUAAAAACUCAAAUUAAGUAAGGGGAAAAUGGGACAAUGGGAUAUUUUUGUCUUUGGCAAGGCAGUAACUAAAGAGUAUAAAGUGUUUAAUAUUCCACUUUGUAAAGUUUUUACCCAAUCCUGUUUUAAAAAUUUAUUCUAUAAGUUCUCAGCAUCUUCCACGCUGAAGCAGAAAACUGAUAAAAAAAAAUGUUCAAGUUAGAUUCUAAAAUCAGAUAAUCCUGAACACAAAUAUCCAUCAGAGGGCACUAAAAAAAUAUUGUGUAUUUGUAUAAAUACGGACCUUUAAAGUUUGACAAAAAAGGAAGACUUUGUAUUAUAUCAUUGUGUUUUUAUUGGGUUUGAAAUAUUUUUAUAGUAACCUUUAUGAAUUUAGCCUAAGUGCAAGUGAUUUGAAAAGGUGUCUUCAUUUGUGUACAGUAGAAUUGUGAGGUUAGUAAGAGACAUCAUGAGAUUUUGUAUAUCUGAAUUAAAUAUUAAAAAGAGCAUUCUUUUCUAAUGCUACCAAGAAUUUUAAUUUUCCUUUGGAAUAUAAAAAAAGAUACAGUAUGCAUAAUAAUAGCUCUGGUUCCACCAGUGCUAAUAUUGAAAAUAUUUUAAAAGUAAGUUUAAAUAGUAAUUAUUUAGUGUACUGCCAAUACUAUGUAUCUAUACACUGCUGUUAAUAGAGUACAUGUUAAAUUACAUAAACAAAUGAGAUAUUU